AGCUCUGGCGGCCCUGAGCAAGAGGGAGGGGGCGGCGCGCUGUAGCGGCCCAGACCCGAGGCCCAGCGACCCCCAACCCGACAAGAGGACCCAUCCACCCUUGGGGCGCAUUUUGUGGCCACCGCCCCCUCCUCCGUCAUCCCCGUCCCCGCUUUGUUCCCUUGAACGCCCUCUGGUCGCUUCCAUCCCCCACACACCCCCGCACCCCGCUGUUCCUGGCGUACCCUACUAGCAGACACCUUAGCAGCCAAUACAGGCCUGCAUUCAGUACCCGGAGCUAGGGACAUUAGGCCCUGUGCUUGUAAGAGGAGGGUCAGGGUUCCCGCUGGUCACAGAUGGCCUGGGGAUUUCCUCGGAUAGAAAUAGCCGCUAGCGCUGGCCCCUUCAAGCUGCUUAAUGGGAGGGAUAGGAAGGGGAGGGCCAGGGCACACCCCCACGCCUCUCUAGCCACUGCGCCGUGCCUCUAGACCUUUCGUCGCUGAGCUCUGACCCGAAAGACCCGCAGCGGGGCAGCCACAGAACCCGAGGCCAUGUCCCAUGAAAAGAGUUUCUUGGUGUCUGGGGACAGCUAUCCUCCCCCAAACCCUGGCUAUCCUGUGGGGCCCCAAGCCCCUAUGCCUCCCUAUGUUCAGCCUCCCUACCCUGGGGCCCCAUACCCACAGGCCCCUUUCCAGCCCUCUCCCUAUGGUCAGCCAGGGUAUCCCCAUGGUCCCAGCCCCUAUCCACAAGGUGGUUACCCUCAAGGACCCUACCCUCAAGGGGGCUACCCACAGGGGCCAUACCCACAGAGCCCCUUCCCCCCCAACCCCUAUGGACAGCCACCACCCUUCCAGGACCCUGGCUCGCCUCAGCAUGGGAACUACCAGGAGGAAGGGCCUCCAUCCUACUAUGAUAACCAGGACUUCCCCGCUGUCAACUGGGACAAGAGCAUUCGCCAGGCCUUCAUCAGAAAGGUGUUCCUGGUGCUGACUCUGCAGCUGCUGGUGACCCUGUCGACCGUGGCCGUUUUCACUUUUGUUGGGGAAGUGAAGGGUUUUGUCCGGAAGAAUGUCUGGACCUACUAUGUCUCCUACGCCAUCUUCUUCAUCUCCCUCAUUGUCCUCAGCUGUUGUGGGGACUUCCGGAGAAAGCAUCCGUGGAACCUCGUUGCUCUGUCGAUCCUGACCGUCAGCUUGUCCUACAUGGUGGGCAUGAUAGCCAGCUUUUACAACACGGAGGCCGUCAUUAUGGCUGUGGGCAUCACCACCGCUGUCUGCUUCACGGUGGUCAUCUUCUCCAUGCAGACCCGCUAUGACUUCACCUCGUGCAUGGGUGUGCUCCUGGUGAGUGUGGUGGUGCUCUUCAUCUUUGCCAUACUCUGCAUCUUCAUCCGGAACCGCAUCCUGGAGAUUGUAUAUGCCUCUCUGGGCGCUCUGCUCUUCACCUGCUUCCUGGCAGUGGACACCCAGCUGCUCCUGGGGAACAAGCAGCUGUCCCUGAGCCCAGAAGAAUAUGUGUUUGCGGCCCUGAAUCUGUACACGGACAUCAUCAACAUCUUCCUAUAUAUUCUCACCAUCAUUGGCCGUGCCAAGGAGUAGAACAAGCCCCAGCUCAGGUGGCGUGGUUGGCUCAGACCCAUGCCCCUGGCAUGACAAUGCCAUCUGUGCUUCCCUCUCUCUGGUCCCCAGGCAUGGCCUGGAGCAGAGGGAGCCCCUCUCGCCCUCGUGUAUGUACACUGCAAAUACUUAACGUUUGGACCCUCUAUGGCCACAGCAUGGCCCCCUUUAUCCCUUUUGCCCUUGCCAAGGGGUGACAGGGCUGCAUUUCUGUGCCACCUUCUGUCCACUCAUUGUUGCAUGAGCCCUGUCUGCCAGCCCAUCCCAGGGUCUGGGAUCAACACCAGGUCCCAGGGGAGAAGGAUCCUACCAAGGGGUGAGGGUGCACGUCUUCCCUCCUGUCCCAGCUCCCCUGGCAUAGAGUACCCGUGUCCCCUCCCCACCCUGCCUUCUGAGGGGCAUGCAGGGUGGGGUCUCAUUCUUGCGCUGAGCCCCAAGAGCGGAGGAUGGUAUGCUGCAGGGGAGGAGGCUCUCAUGCUGCCAUUGUUAAAAUGCCAAUAAAAGGGUAUCUUCUGCUCUC